AUGGCUGGACGCAUGCCCAUGAACCCGACAGUGCUCGUCCUCCGCGAGGGCACCGACACCUCGCAGGGCACCCCGCAGCUCCUGAGCAACAUCUCGGCCUGCCUCGCCAUCGCCGGCACCGUCGCCUCGACUCUCGGGCCCCGCGGCAUGGACAAGCUCAUCGUCGGCGCAGACGGCCGUGCCACCAUCUCGAACGACGGCGCCACCAUCCUCAAACUGCUCGACGUCGUCCACCCGGCCGCCAAAUCCCUCGUCGACAUUGCCCGCGCCCAGGACGCAGAGGUCGGCGACGGCACCACGUCCGUCACUUUGCUCGCCGCCGAGUUCAUGCGCGAGGCCAAGCAGUUCAUCGAGGACGGCGUGUCGCCCCACGUCAUCAUCAAGGCCUACCGCCAGGCCGCCCAGCUCGCUGUCGCCCGUGUCAACGAGCUCGCCGUCACCGUCGAGUCGUCCAACGAGGAGGACUUCCGCUCGCUCCUCCUCAAGUGCGCGUCGACGGCCAUGUCGUCCAAGCUCAUCCACUCGUCCAAGCCGUUCUUCUCCCAGAUGGUCGUUGACGCCGUCCAGACGCUCGACCCGGCCGUCCUCGACCCGGCCCUGAUUGGCAUCAAGAAGGUGCCCGGAGGCGGCAUGGAGGAGUCGCUCCUCGUGCGCGGCGUCGCGUUCAAGAAGACGUUCUCGUACGCCGGCUUUGAGCAGCAGCCCAAGAAGAUCCUCGACCCCAAGGUCCUGUGCUUGAACGUCGAGCUCGAGCUCAAGGCCGAGCGCGACAACGCCGAGGUCCGCGUCGAGCAGGUGUCGGAGUACCAGGCCAUCGUCGACGCCGAGUGGUCCAUCAUCUAUCGCAAGCUCGAGCUCAUCGCCAACUCGGGCGCGACCGUCGUCCUCUCGCGCCUCCCGAUCGGCGAUCUCGCGACCCAGUACUUUGCCGACCGCCACAUCUUCUGCGCCGGCCGCGUCGCGACCGACGACCUCAAGCGCGUCGUGAGCGCCGUCGGCGGCGCCGUCCAGAGCACGUGCAGCGACAUCCGCGACGAGCACCUCGGCUCGUGCGACGUGUUCGAGGAGCGCCAGAUCGGCGCCGAGCGGUACAACCUGUUCGAGGGGUGCCCCAAGGCGCGCACGUGCACGCUUGUGCUCCGUGGCGGCGCCGAGCAGUUCAUCAGCGAGGUCGAGCGCAGCCUGAACGACGCCGUCCAGGUCGUCCGGCGCGCCGUCAAGAACGGCACCGUCGUGGCCGGCGGUGGUGCGACCGAGAUGGAGAUCUCGGCCUACCUGCGCUCGCACGCGCGCACGCUCCCGGGCAAGGCGCAGCUCAUCAUCAGCGCGUACGCCAAGGCGCUCGAGGUCAUCCCGCGCACCAUCUGCGACAACGCCGGCCUCGACGCGACCGACGUCCUCAACAAGCUGCGCAUGCUGCACGCGCGCGGCGACACGUGGGCCGGCGUGAGCGUCGACGACGACGUCGAGGAGGCUGGCGGCGGAAAGGGCAUGGGCGUUGCCGACAACAUGGAACGGUUCGUGUGGGAGCCUGCGCUCGUCAAGGUCAACGCGCUCGAGGGCGCGACCGAGGCGGCGUGCGUCGUCCUGAGCGUCGACGAGACGGUCCGCUCGCCGUCAUCUGCCCAGCAGCAGCAGGCUCCCCCGGGCAGGGGCGGCAUGCCCGGCCGCGGCAUGCCCAGGCGGUGAGCGCGAGCGAGGUGACGAUGACGGGCCGGCCUGGUAGAACGAUGUGUCUUCUUCGCAACUUGCAAAACACAGUGUACACCAGC